UUUUACAUGUUUUCUCCACCCUGCACCGUAAAAAAGUACAUAUACGUUGAGGUGGCUGGGCUGCACAUCACAUCUCAGGAAACGUCAAGGUAUGAUCACCUCUUAGAGCUCAUUUUGUUCUGUCAAUCUUUGAAAAAAAUCUGGAUUUUGUAGACCAAUUAAUUCAUUUAAAAACCUUUUGUUAUGAAGAAAUGAAAUUUUACCUAAAUGUUGAAUAAGUGGUACUUUAGUCAUGAGUUUUCAACAGCUAUUAGCGCUUAAAUAAGUUAUUUGAAAUAUGUUAGACUUCUCCCUUUUUUUUUUAUUUAUUUUAUUUUUUUCAUGAAGACCAGACCUCAAACAGACUCAACAAAAUGUAGCCCUGUAAUGCACCUGUAUGGAGUUUUUAUAUGGUUAUGAAACAGGCUGUAAUUAACUUUUGUACUCAGACAUGACCUCUAAAAGCAAAUAAAACUAACAGCAACACAUUCAACAGUUUUUAUGUUGUAAUUUUUACUGCCAGAAACUGCUGCAAUGGGGAAAUUGUUGAUCCACACUGAAGAAACCUUUCGAAACAUUUUUAAAAGCAAAUGUCCACAGUGAGGGAAAUAAAUGGAUUUUUAAAGAGAGGCAGGUGACAUUUUUGUGCUAGAAAAUACUGCCUUGGUGUUAAAGGGCAAAAACAGCAAGGAGAUAAAAUGCACAUCCAUGUCAUCAGGAGGCACCAGAACUGAGCAGAACCACAAGUUCCUCAGAUAUCUUUAAAUUUGCUUUGUGAUAUUUGGAUUGGAAAAAUUUUACAUUUGGUUAAUGUUUUAAUUGUCUGCUUUUAUCAAGCAGCCUGAUAACUGAUGUAUCACAAUCUCUAUUCUCCUUUUAGACUCAAUAUGACGUCAGCGCUGGUUACAGUCCUGUUGGUUUUGGGACUAUCAGGGCACAGUGUGGCCUUUGUCCCAAUCGGGGGUGGGGUAUCUACUCACGUCAGCAUUACUGGAACGGCUCUUUUGCAAAAAGUGACAGAGACGUGUCGGGCGGUGGCUGAGGCAGCUGGUUAUGAGUUCAAACCUACGGUAGGAUGGGAGAUGAUAAAGUAAUGUGCAACACAGCACAAACAUAGGAACACAACCUACAGACACACACUUAUCAAAUUGAUUUUUAACCUCAUUUCAAUACAGCAGUUCUAAGGGCUGCUUAUUUAGACAUGUGGUCAAAUUCUGAGUCGUGAACUUGGUUAUAGCUUCGGUAAAUAACCAAAUGCUUGUUUACUCACAAAGACUUCAGGAUAAUCAGGAUACAAUCCGACAAUAUUUUUAGAUUUUACAGCAUGGUGAUUUCGAAUUUGAACUUUGAAUGGGAGUGAUUCAGGAAAUGGAAGAGGGAAAUGUGAAACUAAAAGAGGAGGAGAGGUGUGCCCCCCCUCCUGGAUGUUUAUCAGUACCAACUCUAUCUGGCUUUUAUUUCUGACUGCUAAUGACCCCACCUUGACACUGACAUUUAUAAUUAACUGAAAAACACACCCCAUAAGGAGUGCAGGGCUGCAGGCCAUGAGAUUUCUAUUUUCUUGCAACAGAAAAAAACACCAACAGGUGUCAAGACAUGUUGUUCUGCUGCAUCAUUUUGUGAUAAACAUGAGCGACUGUGCCCUUUUAAACCAGGCGUGUUCAGUCACAGCUCUGUGAAACAUGGGAAACAGACUGAAUAUAUUCCUAUUCCUUUCAAAAACAGCAGUAGCAGCAGUAAAUAACAGGGGGAGAUGCUGUUGGUUCAGUUUUGGAGACAAAGCCUGUCAGCAGCACUUGCUUAUUUCUGAAACUGUUAUCUCUUUUAAUCCCUGACUACAGGGUUCAUCUCCCGAGGAGCUGGUCCAGGCCUGUCUUGGUCCCACAGCCACAGGAGAAGUGUCCGGUGCAAAGUUUCACUCUGCCCUCCAAGAGAUCUACACACAGAACGGACUGGUGGACCGUGACUUUGUCAACAGGUGGGGGAAAAACAAGAAAAAGAAAAUUAAAAAAAAAAAAAAAAUUUUUUUAAGUUCCAAACAUAAUCAGCUUCUACUCUCUUCCAGCGCUCCACACCACUUCAACUCAGAGGCUUUUAUUGAUGGGCGCAGGCUGAUAACAGAAGGUGUUGUUGCCAUAAAGGCAAACAUUCGUAAUGAGAAUUUCAAGGCUGCGAGGGAAACUCUGGGCAGAGUGCUUCAUACACUGCAGGUGAGGGAGGGGCAGAGGAAAAGCUGGGCAUAGAGAGGUCAGCAGGCAGGAUGAGGAUACAGACAGACACUUUACGUAGACAAAGACUCUAAAGUUCAUCACUCUGAAUCACCGCUUUCAAAUCAUAAAUGUUGAUUCAUGUUUUUCCAUGCGCCAUCAGGAUUUCUACAGCCACAGUAACUGGGUGGAGCUGGGACACACUGAGCCGUACAUCAAUCUGAUACGCCCAGACCUUCCUCUAGAAAACCUUGCAGGUGUGUAGGUGUGUGUGUGUCUGUGUGUUGAUGUCACACUCUUGGUGACUCUGCUGCCUGUGUCUUGGGUGGAGUAACUUGUGAUAAAGUUGUCAACAUAACUGCAAACUCCACACAAGUAGAAUCUCCACAGAGCAAAGUGGAACAUUUUUAUUUCACUGCACAAAGGUCACUGAGAAAACUUGGAUAGCUUACGGCAGGAUUUGAUUUGUUUUGACAUUCAUUUUGCUUUUAUUUGUGCAGAUGUGGACACUGCCACCUGCAGUGACUGUGCCAGUGGGACAUGCCCCAAUCCCAUCCUUCCCAUCAUCCUGAAGGAGAAGAAACUCACAUCAGGCUACUUAGGAAUCUUCUCUGCUGAUAAGCCGAAAGGUUUCAAACAUAUCCUCAAACUACUUCAAAUACAACAGCCAAAUCUUACGACUAGGGUCUGGUUUUUACAGGAAGAGGCAUUUAGAAAGAAAUGAAUAAUAACACAAAUAACACAACACCAGUCUGUGACACACGUCCCCUCUGACCUCUGCCAGGUAAAUGCAGUCACGGAGGUGCAGGUGACCUGUCGAGCACAGCAGUUCCCCGCGGAGGCAUCAGCAAAGAUGAGCGCCGCUCUGACAACAUCGCCUUUCACAACGCCGCUGUGAAUGCUGCAACCGCUGCAACCCUCCAGCUUCUGCAGGACAUCCGGUUUGCUGCUGGGGACAAUGAUUUCUUAAGGUAUGGUGUUCAACUAUGACUUGAGGAUUUCAAUAUCAUUUCAAUCUUCGAUCUUAAAGCUGAAGGGGCCCUAAAGUUAAAAAAAAAAAACAAACGCCAAAAGCCAAGAUUCAAAACUAAAUUGAAGGAGCGCUGUGUUACAGUGAGAGGAAUAAGUUUGUGGAACAAUCUGAACAAAGAAACUAAAGAAGAUAAAUCAAAUUUUAUCUUCAAAGAAAAUAAGUCAAAACCAGUAUGUUGAGUAAAUACAGGAAAUAGGUUAAUCUAAGUCUUGGUAUGUUUGUUUUGUGGGAAAAUGUGAAUUAACGUGGUCUUUUCUGUUUGUUUUUUUUGGGUUGAUUUUGAAAAUAAGAAAUAAUCAACUGUAAAAAAAAAGCAUGAUGGACUGCAGCUCUUGUUUAUUUUUUAUUAUGUGCUUAGUUGAUUAAUGGCUUGUAAUAUCUUUUUAAUAUCUUUUAUUUACUAACCGAAUGAAAUAAAGUAUCAACAACACUUUGUAUUAAUCUGAUUUUUUUUUGCCUACAGGAUGAUGGGAAUUGCCCGCUCCCCUGUUGUGGCUUUCGUUAUUGACACAACAGGCAGUAUGAAAGAUGAUAUCGAUGAAGCCCGUUCAGUCGUGUUUGAAAUCAUUGACAGCAAAAAAGGAACUCAGGACGAGCCCUCUGAAUACAUUCUGGUGCCUUUCAAUGACCCAGGUAUGAAAGUGUUUGACCGAUCAUGUGAAAAACAUAACGUCACUCUUUUCCUGCCAGCGUCCAAUGACAUUUCUCGUGUAUUAUGGAUUUAGAUUUUGGACCUAUGAUCAGAACAUCAGACCCCAAUAAGAUGAAAUCAGAAAUCUCUAAGCUCACAGCAAAAGGAGGUGGUGAUCUCCCUGAGAUGUGCCUGUCAGGACUCCAGGUACGGUUUCUAUAAGAGAGUCAGAGUCUAACAAAACUGGUUGUGGAAGAGGAGACAUCAUUUCUGCUUAUUUUUUUAUUUCAUUAUAUUUAACAAAGUCAAAUUAACAAAGGCUCUUUGUUCCUUUUGACCAGCUGGCUCUCACAGGGGCCCCUGCUUCCUCCCACAUAUAUGUUUUCACUGAUGCCACAGCCAAAGACAUUGCACUCAAGGACACUAUUAUUGCACUUAUCAGGACUACAAAGUCAACGGUAAAUAUCGGUACCCAGAUAGACUAUCUCUAAUCUGCAUGUUUAAGAGGAUGAAAAUGAAAAUCUGCACAUGACACGAUCUCCACAGGUAUCGUUCUUCAUGACUGGGUCCAGGAGUAGACGCCGCCGCUCUCUCAGAGCUGCAACUUUUGAUGACUACAAGGAUAUGGCUUUGGCCUCUGGGGGCCAGGCCAUCCAGGUAUCCAAGGGACAGCUGCCUCAGGCCACAGACGUCAUCCUCGACACGUCCACUUCAGCCUUGGUAAAUCUGUGCAGGUCCACAGAGAUAUAGACCAGUUUGAAAAUAUUCAUAUAUGAUUUUUGUUUUUCAUUUGCUCCUUUCAUUCUCUAUCAGGUGACAGUUCUGCAACGUGCAAGGAACCCUGGGAAGCAGGAGACGUUUUCUUUUAUGUUGGAUGACUCUCUAAAAAACAUCACCAUCUAUGUCACAGGAACAGCCCUAACUUUCACACUGACCAAUCCUGCAGGUAACAAACCAUCCUAAAUGAAUGAUGGCAGUGUGGACCCUUUAGAUUUUGAUGCUUAUGUCAGGAAUGUCACCCUGAUACCUGAAUUUCCCUUCGGGGAUAAAUAAAGUUCUUCUUAUCUUAUCUUAUUUUAUCUUAUAUGAGAAUGUUAAUGCAUAUCAACUCAUUUCAGAUGUGGUCCAGAAUCAAAAUGAGGCAAACGGUAAACUGGGGACCAUUAAGACUGCGGGCAACCUGUGGAGGUUUCGUCUCAAUGCUGAUACACAGUCUGGAACCUGGAAGCUAAACAUAAACUCCAGACAGGCAUACACACUCAAAGUCACAGGUCAGAAACUUCAUAUUUUCAUAAUUCUGCUAAAAUUUUUCAUCCUGUACACUUAAAAUAUCUUGAAACCACUGAAAUACUCAAACUUUUAUUUUUCUGGGUCCCGUGAAGCAUUGAGACAAAGAGAAUUUUUCUCCAUACUAAUUUACUUCAGCACUAUUAUCCUAUAUUCCGUUCCAUGCAAACUAUGAAACUUAGUAUUAAUGUAUUGGCCAGAAGUGAAUUCUGUUAGGAAAAGUAUCUCAGGUAACGUUCACAGAGUUCACUGUUGGUAUGUCCGUCUUAACUCUUUAUCUGUACUUGUGUCUCCAGGCCAGAGCACCAUAACCUUUAUUUAUGACUUUGUGGAAAGCUUUGAAGGACCUCAUCCCGGUUACGCAGUACUCAGUGGGCGCCCACAAGCAGGUAAACCCAAUGCAAUAAAGUUUACAUAACAGGAGCAUAUCAUCAACUGUAAAAUCUUACAGGGAUCACGACUCAUAAAAGUGAGGCUCCUUUAUCACAAUCUAAUCAUUAAUGUAUUAAACUUAUGGAGGACAUCUGGAACAUUUGUGUCAGCAAACUGUACAUGAACUCAUAUUUAACAACUUGUCAGAGAAUGGAUAUGGUUUUGUGGUGGUGGUGGUGGUGGUGGGGGGUCAGGAUUUUAUUGAUUGACAGGACAAUUGGUGAGGGAGUUGGGGGGUGACAAGCAAAAGACUGGAAAAGUUUCAGAAAGAACCAGGGCUGCCCGCUUUGAGGGUUAUGAUACCACAAUGAACAGUCUAACUCCAUCUAGUGGUGAAAUGAAUGAAGUUAUCAACAUCUACCCUCAGCUCGAAAUGUUGGUGGAAAUAACAGUUACUGAAGAAAGAUUAUCUUACAUUUUAUUUUACAUAUUAAUUAUCAUCAGUAUAGUCACUUAACACCAGCAUAUUUUUAUGUCAUUUCAAUACAACUAUUGUGAAACCACACUUAAUCUGUUCAUAUAAAACAACAGUCUCAAUUGAUGUUGUUCUUGUUCGGCCAUGAUCUUUAAUACCUCUCGUGUGGCUGCAUACUCCGCAGCGGCCUCUUGCCUUCUGGCUGCUGAUUGAUUAGUAUGGACGGAGUCAGCUUUAGUGACUGACUUUAAACUACUAAAGAUCGUACUCUCUCCGGUAAAUAAGACACCAAAUUUCUUCAUACAGAUGACAUUUCUUCACCAUUCUUCACCUUGUCACCAAUCACCGUCAUGUCACUUUGUCACUGUCGAACUAGAAACAUAUACAAUCAUACUCACAUACAUAAUUAGCAUACAAUAUGUCUAUACAAAGGAUACCACAUAAAUGUACAGUAGAACAGGAUGUAAUUGCGUGCUAACAAUCUGCUAGCGUGAUUGUUACCUCAAUGGCUACACAGCACCGUGAGAGAAUGAAUGAGUCCACUGGGUAAUCUUCAAUCUUCAAACAAACGUCCACUUCUAAGUCAAUGUGACUUUAAACUUAAAACAUGUAACUCAAAAGGAGCAUACUUUCUCUUAGUUACAAAGUAAAAUAUGACAGAUGUCCGAUAAGCUGGCUACAACUUAGCUAUUAGCCCAGCUACAUGCCUUGGCAAAAGUUAAGCCUCUUCGUAUCCAUCCAGCAUGUGUGAAGCCAAACGCUCAACGAACACAUGGGAAAACAGGAAGUUCAACACAAAAAUAAAACAGGAAGUUCAACAGAAAAAUGAAACAGGAAGUUCAACAGAAAAAUAAAACAGGAAGUUCAACAGAAAAAAAAAAACAGUGAGUUCAGCAGAAAAAUAAAAAAAGGAAGUUCAAAACAAAAAUAUUCCCCCAUGCAGCAAUAUCAAUUAAAUUAGGAAUGUCACAUAACUACUCAAUUAUAAUUUGGAAAUUAACUUCACAUAUAAAAUAUCAAUUAAAUGAAUUUGUCUACUUGGGCUUGAUCAAAACGAAAAUAUGACAAAUAAUAAUUUGGAAGUUUAACACAUUUUAUGACAAUAAAUUCAGCAACACAAACAGCCUGAGGCUGCACCAGUGCAUUUAGACAGGGGAGAAACCAUACCCCUGUAAGGUCUGCGGGAAGACUUUAAGCCAGGGCAGCCACCUGAAGAUGCAGGAUAGACAGGUCUACUCCAGAGGCAAGCAGUUCAUCUAAGACACGUGUGAAAAGAGACACUCAGACCAACACAAACUGAAGUUGCACAAAUGUGUCUAUGCAUGAAAGCUGUGGCCCUGCUCCAUUUGGAGAAGCCUUUAAGAAGAACAGCUUUAAUCCGCUUGGUCUCUGAGGCUGUAGCCCCUAAUAUGGGAAACAGCAAGAGUGUACUGUGUAACUUCAGACAGCUAGUUUAUAAGAAAUCUUCAUUUGGGCUUGUAGUGGUUUGUUUUGAGGUUUUGGCUUCAUAAGUCUUGCUCUAACAUAAGUUUAGCUGGUGUAACUAAAAACAGCUGGGUUGCACAAGCUCAGAAUAAAAGUUUGUUUUUUUUCCCCUGAAAGUGGGGAAACCACAGACAGGCUUCACACCCAUAAACACUCAUACAACAAAUCAUCAUAUUAAUACAGAGCUAUAUUCCGAUAGGACACAAUUUAAAAGAGAUUCUAAAAGACCUUCCUUUCCCUCACACCUCCUGAAAACUAUGUAUUUAUGUAUACAGUACAUCUUUUUAACUGAACGAUGUUUGGACAUAGCUUUGGUACUGUAUUCAGUCCUUCUCAAACUAGAGCCAGUCAUAAUUCCGCUCAUUUUGUUCCACUGGCAAAAUAAAUUAUAACUGCAACACUGAACUAAGUAGUAAUUUAGCCAACUAAUCACAGUUUUAAACAAUCAAAAAAUGUUUGAAUUUUGCAAAUGCAAAUAGGUUCAUCACUUUUCAAGCCCUCCUGUUUGUUGCCCUGACUUGACACUCAUUUCUCUCCUCUGGGAAUCCAGGCCAGCCGGCAACCUUGAUGCUCUCAGUGAUAGGAAGGAAAGGUCCGUCCUCAUUGUCAGUCGGGAAUGUUAGUCUGGUGACUGUGUCUGGUUCUGAAACUAUGAACAACGGCAAAAUGACUGACAUGGGCAAUGGAGACCUCCUGGUGACUGUUGAAGCAGUCCCUGAGGGAGAGUUUGUGGUCAGUCUGAAAGGGACAGACAAAGAAUCUAAGAGUGAAUUUCAGAGGCAGUCGACCACCCAGAUGUCUGUCUCCAAAGUUGAUAUCAAGGUUGGUCCCUGUACUCUUUGUGUUCCCCUCAGGAUUUUUUUUUUUUCAAAUAUGACUGAAAUUGACAUACAUUUGCAUUAUAGUUUUCCUUACUGUAUAUUCAAGAACCUUCUUUGCUCCUUUUAUUGUCUCGUCCUGGUACUUUUAGGCUGUGGUGGACCGCAGUGCAGAGCCAGGAAAAUCCUUUGAGCUCCCCUUCAGCGUCAGGACCCAGGGCCCUGGUGGUACUUACUCCAUCCAAGCCAAAAAUGACAAAAACAUCCCGAUGAAAUUCCCUUCUAGGUGAGGAGAAGCAACUAAAAAUGAUUCUCUGAUUAGAUAUGUUUGUCAACAGCGACACAUCUCUGAGUGAAAAUUUCCUUCCCUGUCACCUGUGGCUGAGAGCAAAGUCCUGUUAGAGGGGAGUGAAACAUGAAACCUCACCCAACAGUAAGGCUAAAGGUUAGCAUAGGGCUCAAAGCACCUCUGUAUUUACAAUAAGACAUCUGUUAUUUUCCAACACUCACAUCAAUGACUCUCUAUUGGGAGAGAAAACAAGCGAGGUUUGAAUUUCUUCCUUCAAUUCAGUUUAUUUUGAAAACAUUUUGAAUGUACGACAACUAGCAAACUCUCUUGAAGCAAAAUCAAAAAUAUCAACCAUAUAAUAUUUUAAAAGGGAAAACUGUAAAGCAUAACAAACACAUGAGUAGAGAUAGUGGGUUCGGAUGUAUCGUUGUCAAUUAUCAAUUCUGUCUUUGUCUCUUUAAAGUGGAAAUGGCAAAAUGUUUGCCCUUUAGGGAGGAUAUUCAUUAGUUAUCUUUUAAAGACAGGAAGUUGUAAAAAGACCAUGAUUUGGUGUUAAAGGUUUACAUCAUCUCGUCUCCAGCGACCAAAUGUAAGCCUUAUGUUCCUUUGGGGGCGUUGGGGUUGAGAAAGUGGUCGUCUCUGCUACAGUCAUCAUCAAUCUUGUGAAGCUUCUAUCAACUUUUUUCUAUCUUGGGCGUAUCAUCUGUAAUCAUUGUCUCUUUUCCCUGACAGCCUCACCUUGACAACUGGACAGUAUGCCAAUGCUACUUUGACCAUUACGCCACCUCCUAGCACACCGUCAGGCACUGAUGUCACCGUGACUCUGGAGGCCAAGUCAGGCACUGACUCCAAUUACGCAGUGUUGAGGAUAUCUGUUGUCACCAAGGUAACCACAAAUACCCUGGAUGAAGUCCCAAUGACUUCAUCAUUCAUUUACAACAAACAACAGGAUUGCACGAUGUAUACUGUAUAUCCUAAAAUAACUCGUGCUUUAAAAUAGAGUUUAAUGUGUUACUUAAGGAUCAAUAUAAAAUUUGAAACCUUAUUGUGAAGCUUUGAACAUCAUAACUAUGAGCUCGACUAUAAAUGUUUAAGGAGCUAAGACAUGCAAACUUUUUGGAUCACACAAGUUCAGGAUCGCUCAAAGAUCCAUGCAUUAAUUUCACAUCUUUCUGUUCCUUUUAUUCUGUCUAGGUUACAGAUUUUGAUCCACCCCUGUGUAAAGUGGUGAGCGUGCUGGCUGAUAAAUGCACUAAGGACGUGUCUCAGUGUGAAUCUUUUGAAUGGGAGCUGUCAGCCAACAUAACAGAUGGGAAUGGAACUGGAAUAGAUAAAAUUACACUGCAGCAAGGACAGGGGAACCUCACCUACACAUCUUUAAGUGAUCCUGUAGUCCUGGCAAACUAUACUGCCUCCUGUUGCUCACAGAUAGUUGAAUUUACAGCUGUAGAUAAAGUUGGCAAUGUAGGCAAGUGCUAUCAGUCAAUAGUUCCUUCUGCUGGUCCUCCCGCCUUAACCCUAUCACUGUCUCUUUGGUUGUGCCUGCUGGUAUCUGUCCUAAUUGAGCAUUAAAGGGCAAUUAGCAUAAUCACAGUUGAGUCUGAUGAUAAAGUGUGCUAAAAUUAUUUGUAUUUAUGAUAAAAACAUUCAGUUGAGUUUAGGCCAAUUUUGAAGAAAUCAAAUACUGUCCUAAUGUAAUUUCCGAUGCACAAGUUUGGAUGACGAUGCAUUUACAACAUGGCCAUCAGGAUUCCAAUAACUCAUUGAUGCGAAGAUUAUUUGCAAAUCUUAAACCACAGCUCGCAGUACGUUUGAACAUAACUUGCAAUAUCACAAACUGGCUCCAAUCUCCUGAAACUUUAAAACAAAAUCAAAACUUUCCUGCAGUUUAAACUUUAUAUGUCUGGAGUCAUUACACCUUUACAGUCAUUGUUCAAGCCAAUGAAUUAUUGCGCAAACAGACAAAUUUUCCUAUUUCCUAUUGACUCCUAUCCGGAAACUUUGUCCUUAACAUAAACAAUACUUCCCCUGGUGUCCCAGGUGGAAAUUAUUAAAUCACAGAGCAAGCAUGAAACUUUGAUAUGAUUCAUUUAACAGUAAAAUUAAACAAACAAACAAAAAAACGCUCCCUCUGCUCUGGGGUGUAUUUUGUCCUCCUGCUUGUGACCCAUUAUUGUAAUCAAAUCCUUGUUGGAACUAAUUUUCAGCUAUACUUUCACACCUUUGACAGCAGAAAAAUAAAUUAUGAACACACUGUAA